AUGAGUGCUCCCCAGCAGCAAGUGUAUGUGCAGCAGGUGCCGGCUGAGCCGACGCUCCUCUCGAAGCUCGGCAUGGGCGCCAUGAUGGGCUCGCUCGUCGGCCUGACGAUUGGCUUCAUCGGCGGUGGCUUCCAGAUCCUGCGUGCCGGCCCCGGCCCCCGUGGCGCGCUCGCGACGCUGUCGCAGUAUAUGCUGUCGUCCGGUGCGACGUUCGGCUUCUUCAUGUCCAUCGGCUCGGUGCUGCGUACCGAGUCGUCGCUCCUCCAGGACGAGCAGUGGCGCGCGGCGUUCCGUGCCAACGGCAACCGUGUCGCGAUGGCGCCGCGCAAGCACGACUAG